AUGAGCGCCGGUGUGUUGCCGGCGGCGACCGCCAAAUCGCCUGCCGCAAAGAAGAACGUUGAGAAAGGCGACCGUCUAGAAGGUGAAGCCGCAGAACCUAGUGUCGAUCCGGCGGAGAAUGACAUCGAUGGCGAGGAGACCGAUUCCUCCACUCCGAGCUCCGCCGAGGAAAAGGAUGAAUCCCGCGGGGGGUCGUCAUCGGGGAAAACAAAAAAACUGAGCAUGAUUGGCAGAGAAUUCCACCGUCGCACCUCGCAGAUGCUCAGUACCAUAAACACAAAGAUGAAGCGCUCUAAUUCCCGUGGCCUGCAAAAUGUGGGUAUCGCGUCGACAGGCGAACGCAGCGCCGCUAACACCACCAGUACAGGAUUCUUCUCCCCGCCUUCAUUUCAACUUACACAAAUCAUCCAUGACGCCAAAUGCUUUCUCCCGCGCUUGGGACACGCCUGUGUGCCUGCUGGCGGCGACAUCCUCAUUUUCGGCGGCACAAACACCAGCAAUUCUGUCACCAACGACUUCUUGCGCUACCUCCCAGGAAUGAACGUCUUCGAGCCGAUCAAGGGACAAGGUGACACGCCCUCUGCUCGAGCGUACUGUACGAUAGUCCCGUGGGUGGCUGCUGGAGCAGCGCGGGAGCAGCUGCUUUUGUUUGGCGGUUUUGACAACUCCGUGGCGCUCUCUUCGACGUACAAGUUCGAUCUGUCCACGCGAACCUGGUCCGCCGUCCAGACGAUGAACAGACCGCCCGCGCGAUACGGACAUGUGUCUGUCGUCAGCGGCAAUAAAGUAUACAUCCACGGAGGAUACACUGGCGACUCGGUGCUGGACGAUAUGUGGGAGUUCGACGGCUCAGAGUGGGCCAAGGUGAAGUACCGUCCCCCUCGAGGAGCCCCUGCGCCAGGCCCCUCAGAUAAGAUUAGCAUGCCUGCCAGGACCAGCCACUCAGGAUGCAUGUGGAUACAUUCGCAGCACAAAGUCCCGUGCUUCUACUUCUUCGGAGGAGAUCUCUCAGGCAGCGGGACGCCGGUGAAUGAUCUCUGGAUAUUCACCCUAAGUUCUUGUCGAUGGAACAGGAUCAUCGACUACGCCGGCUCUCCUCCGCCGCCGCGUUUCAAGCAUGGCUCUUGCCUGUUUGACAACCAUUGGAUGCUCAUCUGCGGCGGCCUGACACACGGAUGGUUUUCCAGUUCCGUGCUCGCCGAUAUGUAUGCAUACGAUAUGCAAGCAAAUUGCUGGUUCUCAGUCAAUCUCCAGUCUGUCUCGAACCCAGCAGGCGUGGAGCUUUCAAACCUUACGGUGAUCCAAAGCUCCAGAGCAGUCUACUCGUUCGGCGCCCGGGAAGAGGGUGCAAGCUGCACAGAAGCAACUUCCGAUGUCUUUCGGCUUUCGCCGUUGAUCACCUUCGUCAGCUUCAGCGCGCUUCGGCACCAGGUAGAGGCUCUGGACGAGAUCAUCAGACUGGGUGUGGAGCCGCAGGGCGAGGAGAAGAGCAUGAAAUUGAACCAAGUCCAGUCCGCGCUUCAAAAGCUGAGAGACGACGUGGUUGCCUUGCGGACGGAGAAUGAGAGCCUGAAACUACGUUUAGCAGAGGUUGAGUGUUUGGUUAAGGGCGGGUCUAAGUCUGCCGCGAGCGUGGGCGCCGACAAACACGCGUCUGUAAUAAUCGAGACUGAUCAGCCAGAUUCCACAGAUUCCGCAAAUGGCGAUCAGGAAUAG